GGAGGGUGUGGCCGGGAGAUUUGAACGCUGGCGCGGUCGGGCGGACUCUGCCGUUGUCAUGUUGGGCAGACUGCCGCAGAACCUCUUGGACGAGGAGGAGACCGACAGCUCCCAGGACCGGGGCUACAUGAAGGACGUGAAGCAGGUCUUGUUUCAGGAGGAUGAGGACAGUGACUACGGCAGCCACAAGAAACUCGGCAAGGUAUCUCCGCAACGUGUCCGAGCUGGGAACGUCCUGCUCCCGGACGUCUUCCAGACCGGCAACCUCCUCUUCUACGAAAGGUUCGAGGCCUACAAGGAUUAUGUGCUGGGUGACUGUAAACCCCUGGAGGUGGGGGAGUUCAUAGCGGAGUACCUGGAGCAAGCCCUGCUACCCUGCGGCUGGAAGGCAGUAUGGCACACCGACAUCUUCCAAGUUCUCGUGGAGGUGACGGAGGUGUCCUGCUCCAGCCGGAAGGCGGUGGUCCAGCCGUGUGAGCCCUUCUUGUGCGAGUGCUUCGUGGAAUGCGUUAAUGAACAGAGCAUCCGCGACCUGCUGGAGGUGAAGGAGCAGACGGUUCCUCUCCAGGAGCUCCACUUGGUGUUCGAUGAUUCGCCGGAGUAUGCCCAGACUGCGAUGGCUAUAGAACAUGUCAGAUUCUUCUACCAGAACAUCUGGCGUUCCUGGGAUGACGAGGAAGAGGAUUAUUUUGAUUAUUUCACGAGAUUCGCUGAACCUCGGUUACGCCUAUAUUAUGACAUUUUGGAAGAUCGGAUCCCAUCAUUGCUGGUGUUGGAAUAUCAAUCCCUCCUGACUCGCUGUGAACAAGUUUACUCCCAGUUCAGCAAUCUCCGGAACACAUUAUCCAACAGGGACUCUGACUCAGACUGCGAGCUGGACAACGUCUCCAUGGUAGAAGGCAUGAAGAUGGACAGCGAUUUGGAGAAUUUGAAGAGGAAACUGAAACUCAUUGAGAACCCCCUCCUGAGGUAUCUCUUCUGUUAUCAGAAAAGUUCAGAGUCUUGUAGCUUGAAAAAGAAAGGCCCUCGACCUACAGGAGAAUGUAUCAUUCAUGUUGUAUCUACAAGUAUGUCCAUUGAAACGUUGACCAGUUUGACCAGGGAUCGUCUGAUGCCACAGUCUUGUAACCAAAGUCAGGAAAUUCAGUUCCAUAAAGAUAUCCUGGAGGCUGUGAAUGCAUGCUAUGAUGGAGAUUUGGUCUUGGUCUGUCCCGGCCAAUACGUUGUAUACGGUCAGAUCUGCAUUGCGGACUCUAUACAUAUAGAAGGUUAUGGCAUGCCGGAUGACAUCAUCAUAGAAAAAAAUGGGAAAGGAGACAAGUUUGUGGAGUGUGCCGGGGCCUUUGUGAAAAUUUCCAACAUGAAGAUCAUCCAGCACAAUGCAGUGGAAGGCAUAGUCAGUAUCCUCGGGGGUAAGACCGAGUUGGAGAACUGCGUGUUACAAUGUGACACAACUGGCAUCACAGUGAAGAAAUCGGCCGAACUGGUGAUGAAGUAUUGCGACCUCUAUGGAGCCAAGGGUGCCGGGGUGGAGAUCUAUCCCGGAAGUAACUGCAGCCUGAUUGACAACGGCAUUCACCACUGCAGAGAUGGGAUCCUCAUCAAGGACUUUAUCGAUGAGGUGCACGAUCUUCCCAAAAUCACACUUGAAAAUAACGUCAUCCAUAACAACGAGGGCUAUGCUGUUCUGCUGGUGAAGCCGGGGGCUGUAACGGAUGGACUCAGGCCAGAGACCGGGCAGGAGGCUACCAAUAUGGAUGCUAAUCUAGUGGAAGAUAACGGAUCUUCGGAUGUGAUACAGCAGGAAUCUGAGGAGGUGGUGCACCCAGAGGAUGAGGAUAACCAGCCCCCAGUAUCGUCUGAGCUGGUGCCAGAAGGUGACGCCGACCUCCUCCCCGCAGACGUAGAUCACAGCGCAAGCGACUACUGCAUCGCCAGCGAAGAUGUGGACGGGAACCAGGCCAUUGUGUCUGAACUGACCGCAAACUGCCGGAGGAAGACCAUGAUCCACAAGAAAAGACUCAGCACCCUGGGGAUCACCAAAGCCGAGGACGAGCAGAUCAUGUCCCAGGAGAUGUUCGUCUCCAUCGCCAAUAACCAGUUUAAGCGCAACGGGAAGGGAAGCUUCGGGACGUUCCUCUUUUAAGCCGAGCUCCUGACCGCCGCGCGCCUGAUUCUCACUGGCCGAUCUCAGUUACCCUAUUUAAAUGACUUCAAUUGCACAUUGUACAUAUGACUGUUUCUUACUGCAUUUUGCACCGUGUUCUUUGUAAGCGCUCAUCUGCCCUUAUACUGGGAGCACUGGGAAUAGUGGAAGCUUCACACAGGCGGUUGACUGAUUUGGACAAUCCCUGUUUGUUGGAAGGGCCCCUUCAAAAUUCAUCUGCUUUCUGCUGAGAUCCCCAUUGAUCAGCCGCAGUCUGCCUUCAUGUUCCCUGCAGCACCCCCACAGGAGAAAACGAGCAUUACAUGCUGUGUCUAGAAAUGAAUGGGAUUGAGGUGUGAUGUGCAGAUGUGAUCGGUCCCCCAUUCCUUACACUGCUGGCUGAAUUAUGAAACCUGUUUUAUAUUGCCAUAUUUUUGUUUUAAUUUUAUAAAAGUUAUACAAAAUUUUACAGAUUUUUUUUUCCCAGUUUUCAUGAGAAUUUUCUUCCAAAUAGGCAGUAGGGGAGGGGUGCCACCCCCACGCUGCUGGUAAAUAAGAAUAUUUAUUAUAAUAUUUAGCUCCUUUAAAGGCCCUGUCUGUGUGCCAGACUUCAGUAUAGAGGCAGAUAUUGUAAGCCUAUAGCGCUUGCGCUGUGCAAUAUUCCUCGAUCCUCACAGCAUAUUAAUCAAUGACUAGAGUUUGCCAGGUUCAGUCUUUUAUAAUCACGGUUGUGUGAAAGCUGCUGCAACUUUGUGACAUGCAUAGUUGAUACAAAGUAUCUUUUUUAAGGAGCUCUGCUUGCUGGCAGUGAACGGGACCAUUCUUCUUUACAGCCAGAGAGUGAAAACAAUCCAUAUUGAGUCAUGUAACACAGUUGAGGGUUGGUAACAAUUUAUCAGAUUGUAUACAUUGUAACAAACUUCUAAUGUGUGAGCAGUACUCGGUCAGAUAAGAGAGAAUAUUCCUUGACAGGAAGCAGUGAUCUUACAUGGUGAAGAGAUCCUGUGAAGGACUUGAGGUCUGUGACGUUCCAGCUUUGCACUUUGUCUCCACCCGUCCUGUAUUUUAUACAUGUCUCUUGUCCGAUCAGGUGAUGUAUCGGCAGGAUUCCCUUUUUUGCCCUUGGGUACAGCACCUGCUCGCUCUGUAUUUAAAGCUACGGUAUCUUCAGUAAAUAAAAUGAGUGUCCGUGUAGAUUUUUUAU